CACAUGCAAAUAUGACGCAAGGUCUUUUUAACCCAUUAUUUAACAAUUUCUUCCCCUCCUCAGAACAGUUAUUUUAAAAAACAAUAACUAGACUUUCCCUAAAAACAAUUGCCGUGAAUUCCAUUAAAUGCCUCAAAUUAAUCGAGUUGCAAUUUGUGUGCCUCAUCAUGUUCAAUUUAGAACAAUUUCAGCCACAACACGCAAUCACAUCACAUCUAACGGUCCAAAACUGUAAUCUGGGUAUAAAAACUGCAGUCCGUUGAAUUGACCACGCAGUGCGGCUAAAAUAAGUAUUGAAGUGACAUCUUAAAAAAUUUAUUUAAUAUCGGUAAUACAACAGACUUUAAAAGCAUGUUGCGCUUCGUAGCCGCUUUAGUGCUGAUUUGCACCGUUUAUCAUGUGGCAACCACAACUGCUGCACCGCAUCCACCAACAACAGCAGCACCGCUGUUGGCCAAUCAGGCAGCCUAUGACACGAAAUUCGAUAACAUCGACCUGGACGAGGUUUUGAGCCAGGAGCGUUUGCUGCGCAACUACAUUAAAUGUCUGGAGAAUACCGGUCCUUGCACGCCUGAUUCCAAAAUGUUGAAGGAGAUACUCCCCGACGCUAUAUCAACCGAUUGCGCCAAAUGCUCGGAGAAGCAGAGGCUUGGCUCAGCGAGAGUGACGCACUUUUUGAUCGACAAUCGCCCGGAGGAUUGGGCGCGUUUGGAGCAGAUAUACGAUCCGCAAGGCAAUUACCGUUUGGCCUAUUUGGCGGAGAAGGACAAAAGCGAUGGCAUGGAGAAAACUACGGAAGCGGUUACUAAGCCACAGGCCUGAACCAUUGCGCUAUAUUAACUGCACGCGAACAUGGACCUUUAUAGGAAUUAAUGGAACAGCGUUGUAUUUUUCGAAUUUAUAGUAAAUAGCUCAAUUUUAAAAAGACAUAUACUUAAUUUUAGAAUUGCAUUCCAAAAAGUACAAAAAAAUAUAAAAAGCAAAACAAAAACCCAACAAA